AUGCGCGAUCCCGCCCCCGCCCGGGAGCCCUUGCGGGGGGCGGUCCCGGCCAUGCGGGUGGUGCUGCGGCGGGGGCGGCUGCCCGGGCCGGGGAGGAUGACCGGGGAGACGGAGCCGCGGGGUUCCGCCGCGGCCCUGCCGUUUGUCGUGGACCUGCGGAGCGACACGGUGACCCGGCCGUGCGCGGUGAUGCGCAUGGCCCUCGCCACCGUGGGCGAUGACGACUACGGGGAGGACCCGGCGGUGAACGGGCUGCCUCGCCGGGCCGCGGGGACUGUGGGGUCGGAAUCGGCUCUGUUCGUGCCCACGGCCACCGUGAUGAACCUCAUCGCCGCGAUGUGCCACUGCCAGCGCAGCGGGGCUCAGCCGUCCCUGGGCCAGGACGCCCACCUGCACCUCUACGAGCACGGCGGGGGCCGUGGCGGUGGUUACGAUGGCAGGAGGGCGGUCGCCGGUGUGCACUCCCAGUCACUGCCAGAUCUGCCAAAUGGCACGUUUGACCAGGAUCAGCUGGAGCUGACUCUCUGUGAGGCCCACAGCAGCCGGUACCACACGCGUCCUGAGCUCAUCUGUCUGGAGAACAUGCACAACUCGUGGGGGGGCCGGGCACUGUUCCUCACCUGUCUCAGGCAGGUCUGUGGGCUUGCAGACCAUUACAGGCUGUGGGUGCACAUGGAUGGCGCAUGACUGAUGAAUGCAGCAGUGGCCCAGGGUGUGGAGCCAGCUCAGAUUGCCCAGCACUGUGACUCUGUCCCCUGCUUCUCCAAGGGCAUGGGCGCCCUGGCUGGUGCGGUGUUGGCAGGGUGCAGGGAGUUUGUCGCCAAAGCCUGGCGUGUUCGGAAGCUGCUGGGCAGGGGCAUGGGAGCGCUGGCAGCUGCUGCCCACCUCAGGCUGCAGCAGGUGAAGGUGACGCUGCACAGAGACCACAACAAUGCCUGGAACUUUGCAGAAGGUAGCCAUGCGCUGGACUCUCCCCUCUGCUCCAUCACCCUGGCCGCAGUGGAGACCAACGUUGUGAUGGUAAAUGUCCAGGGCACCUGGCCGUCCCCUGCCGAGCUCUGCGAGCACCUGCGUCCCAUCAGCAAGGAGGAGGAGGCUGAGACCAGGCAGACUGUCAGCAUCUUGCUGCUCCCCUGGUCGGCACAGACUGUACACGCCUUCUUGGUACCGCAACGUCUCAGCCCGUGA